UCCGCGAUAAACAUUAAAUAGAUACCAAAAAAAAGGAAACAGGAGGGCGAUUUAUAAUCUAAUAAGGUAAAGUCAACCUCGCGCGUCCAUGUUUCUCCGCUUUUCCUGGUACAUACACCCCUGCUGCCUGCGCGUCGCUGACGGAGGCCAACGGCCGGUGGGAAGCGGGUCUUUCGGCGCCGGAGCGACCCGUCCUGGUCGGGACGUCUCCUCGCCGAGCGGUGCGCGAGCCCAGGUCGCCCACGUCGACCUCGUUGAAUGAGAGACGCGCGCGUGCACGAUGAGCAACCGCUGUCAGCAGUGAUCGCAGCCGGCGCCGCGCGACGACAUGGCGACCGUCAAGGUGACGGAGCAGAAGGUUAUACUGUGCGGCGAGUACGGCGUCGGCAAGACGUCGAUUUUCCGGCGCUUCGCCAACAACACGUUCGUCGCCAGCAGCGACCGCAAGUCGACUCUGGGCCUCGACAACAUCGACAAGGAGUACGUCGUCGAGGACCGACGAAUACGCCUGCAACUAUGGGACACCGGCGGUAUGGAAAGAGUGGCGUCCGUCACCUCGAGCUACUACAAGUUCGCCGAGGCCGCCAUCCUGGUGUUCGCCCUGGAUAACUCGACGUCGUUCCAUCUGCUGUCCCAGCAUCUGCUCGACAUAGUCACGUAUGCGGAGAACGCAAAGAUAUUCCUUUGCGGUAACAAGAGCGACUUGGAGAGCGUCGCGCCGCAAGUCACGGACGCGGAGAUGGAACAAUUCUGCGAACAAUGUCACAAUCUGAUCUCCGGGAUAUACAAAACGUCGUGCAAAACCGGCGAAGGCGUGAACGAGAUGUUCGAGGAUAUAGCGCAGCAUCUGGUCGAGGCUAAUCGGUCGCGAAUGGAGCUCCACGAGAUGGACAAGGAUCGAUUUAAGAUCUCGUACGUCGACGAGGCGACCGACCCAUCGUGUCUGUGCUAAUCUGCGUAAUUUAAUAUUCGCGAAUACGACGUCCAGUCUUCGAGAGUCUCCGAGGCUCGAUGCGGAUUGUAAGAGAAACGGGCGGCGGAGUAAAAUCUUUUGUAUCGAGCCCUUGUCACGCGUGACUUUCCUAUGAGGGAAAGUUGCGUCUCGCGGAGAAAGAGAUAGAGGAAGAGGGAGAGUGCGUGGCACGAUCGGAUCGGGUCCAGGACACGCGACAGCUGAAGCUCUCUCUCAACUGAAAAUUUUAUUACACAUUUGCGAAAUUAGAUCCUACUCGACUAGGCUUGACCUGCUAAUGUGAUUUACGAUCGGUAUUAUAUUAUACACUUGAUCAAUAUACAUGCUAAAUAUACUUAAGUUUUUAAAGAC